UGCUCGGUCGCUCGGGGAGACGAGAAUACACUGGGCGCCCGCGUGUCCGGGACACCCACAACUCGUCACCCACAACUCGUCACCAAGCUAGUCACCCAUCUCGUCACCCAGCUAGUCACUCACCUCGUCACCCAGCUAGUCACCUCGUCACUCACCCCGUCACCCAUCUCGUUACCCACCUCGUCACCCAGCUAGUCACUCAUCUCGUCACCCACCACGUCACCCAUCUCGUCACCCACCUCGUCACCCACCUCGUCACUCACCUGGUCACCCACCUGGUCACUCACCCCGUCACCCACCUUGUCACCCAUCUCGACACCCACCUGGUCACCCACCUCGUCACUCACCUCGUCACCCAGCUAGUCACUCACCUCGUCACCCACCUCGUCACCCACCUCGUCAUUCACCUCGUCACUCACCCCGUCACCCAGCUAGUCACCCACCUCGUCACCCACCUCAUCACUCACCUCGUCAUCCACCUCGUCACUCAGCUAGUCACUCACUUCGUCACCCAGCUCGUCACUCACCUCGUCAUCCAGCUAGUCACCCACCUCGUCACUCACCUCGUCACUCACCCCGUCACCCAGCUAGUCACCCACCUCGUCACCCAUCUCGUCACCCACCUCCUCCCCGCGAUGCCGCAAACGUCCGCGUUGAGUGGGAAGAAGCUGCAGGAGCUGGCCGAGUCGCUGAGUAAACGCGUCAAGCACUUUACCCGCAAGGAAGUGGAGGAUCUGCUGGGGUUCUACGCAAAGCUCCUCUCCAGCUUCACGGAGAGACGACCCAGGGCCGGCCUGGAGCGAAACCCCUUCAGGAGCAUUCUGCACAACAUGUUCAACAUGACGGACGACAUGAUCAUGGAUAGAGUUUUUAGGGCGUUCGACAAGGACAACGAUGGCUACAUCAGCAGCAAAGAGUGGGUAGAAGGACUCGCAAUCUUCUUACGUGGAACGCUGGAGGAGAGGAUGAAAUAUUGCUUUGAGGUAUACGACCUUAAUGGAGAUGGGUACGUUUCACGGGAGGAGAUGUUCCACUUGCUGAAGAGCAGCUUGAUAAAGCAACCAUCUGAAGAGGACCCUGACGAAGGCAUCAAAGACCUGGUUGAAAUCACUCUCAAAAAAAUGGACCACGACCAUGACAGCAGACUCUCGUAUGCUGACUUUGAGCAGUCCGUCCGGGAAGAUAAUUUGCUGCUGGAAGCAUUUGGACCAUGUCUGCCCGAUGCCAAAAGUGCAACGGCGUUUGAAACUCAAGUCUUCAAAGACAAGAGUAGCAGCUGAAGAAAGCCCCCGACCAGGGACCCAAGCCGCUCUCUGUGCUUUCUAUACUUUUACUUUCUUACACUCAAGUAAUGUUUACAGGCAGGUGCCUACAAACAAAUCAUGUAAUGACCGGCAUUUACAAAUCCAGAUAUAAUUUACCUUGUCAAUGGUUGUUUUUUUAAAGUCUGCACACUAUAAUAUUACAAAUAUUGCUGUCAAAAUGUCGACUCGUAUUUUGUCAAUAAAACAUUUGUCAAGCGAAACAUUGUUGCAAUGCAAAGUCAGGUUUGGAAUUGGAUUGUGUUCAUCGAAGUUUCGUGCUUGUAGUACAUAUCUCUGUGUCAGUACGCUGUCAUCUAAACGUAUUUUUGGAUGUUGACGUUUUUAGUGUGGUCAUUUUGUUCAAAGUUGAUUAACUUUAGAUGCCUUUUAAAGCACAUGGAAGUGAUCGUCUCAACACGUAUGUUCACUGCAUACGAAUUAACAAAAUCUCGCCGAUCUUGAAAAUAUACACUCAC